AUGCGAUGCGCGAGCAAGGCCGCCGAGAGCGCGUCCGCACGUCUCUGUGCGGACGCCGAAGCAGAAAUCACAGCAACUGAUGUCUCAUCGGUUGCUGAAGCGACUCAGCCUGUAUCACUUGGUGAUGCAGGCGCUGGUCAUGAAGACACUCAUGUCUUCACAGAGUACGAGCUCGGUGUCUCGUACUCUCCUGAUACGGAAGACGGAUCCGUAUCGGCGGCGAUCGAAUCUAAGCCGCCUGCCAAGCGUGGCAUGGAUGAUGCUAUGCGUCGUAGCAUCUUUGGUUCAUCUGAUGAAUCAGAUGAACCAUCGCCGAAGCGAAGGCGCUCGAGGUCGCGAGACUCGGGCGCUAACAGUGGUGUCGGUUCUCCUAUGGACACCACUUCGCAACGAGGUGCCAGUCCUUCUGUCGGCACAUCGCAGGAAGAGCGGGACCGCAAUGUCUUGCGUCUCGCUCCCGAGAAGAAGGCAUGGAUGCCUCCAAAAUCUGUCAUGGAUCACUUGUCGGCGACGACGAGUGACCGUUAUCGAACACGGUUGUUCGAUUCGUCAAGGAUCCAUCACCUUGACCCCAGCGCGAAAAACUAUCGCGCUGAGAAUGGAUUCUUCAUCGAUGCUUUCUUUAGACAUCGAUGGUACAGUGGGAAUCAUAAGCGUGAUGGUCCCUCACUGCUUCAAGCGUGGAACGCCUACAUCCAUAACCUUGAGGAUGUAGGUCGUGACGUUUGGAACGACAAACUUAUCAAAGCUCGUGAUAAGUUUGAAAAGCGAACCCCGACAGGUGCACGCUACAAGCUGCAUCGUCUGUCAAGGGAGAAAGGAUUACCCUGCCUCUCUUGGGGAGACUUGUGCCCGUGUUGUGUGAACAACUCUGCACGAGCACCUAAGGAGGCUUAA